UUUGAGAAGAGGAAUGGAAGUACAAGAUCAGAAGUUGUACACGACGCGAUUCAAGUUGCCAACAUCGCUGAUUUGUACUUCCGUACUUUGAACACGAGGGUGUCCAUCGUGUACAUAGAGACUUGGCAAGGAAGCAACCAAGCCCUCAUCGACAAGUCCGAAGACAUCAGCAGGGCUUUGCUCAACUUCAACGACUACACUUCCAGAAAGUUGUACAGGGUCGAGAAGGAUACUGCUCAACUCCUAACAGGUGUGAUGUUCAAAGGAGGGGAAGCUGGAAUGUCUGUCCCCGAAACAGUGUGCACAGACAAGUCAGUUGGCAUCAGUGUAGAUGUGAAUGCAUAUGAGCUCCACCUCUUAGCUGGCACAAUGGCCCACAUGAUUGGUCACAAUAUUGGAAUGGGUCAUGAUGGUGGAAGAGAAGAAUGUUUCUGCAGAGAUUGGCAUGGUUGCAUUAUGGCCCAAUCGAUUGUGGGUCUCGAAAACGUCCAACCAUACAAAUUUAGUGAAUGUAGCCGAGUAGAUUAUAAUAGUGCUCUUCGAACAGGUCACGGCCUAUGCCUUCUCAAUAAACCAAAUCAGCUGGAGGUAAGGCGGUCCUGUGGCAAUAGGGUCAUCGAAGAAGGAGAAGAUUGUGAUUGUGGUCUAAUACAAGAAUGUCAAGAAAAUGAUCCAUGCUGUGACCCCUACACCUGUAAGCUGAAAAAAGAAUCUGAAUGUGCAACCGGAGAAUGCUGUGUUGAAUGCAAGGUAAAUGAUGGAUUCUAA